CGAGCGUUCCCCGCCGGUCCAGAACUACAACUCCCAGGCGGCACCGCGGCGCAGGAAGGGGCGGGGCCUGGCUCACGGGGCGACACGUCACCAAACGCGCCGUCGCUCGGGGCGACCGAGGCCUAGCGAGGGCUGGGACGGCGGCCCGGCAUGGCCAAGCAGUACGACACGGUGGAGUGCCCCUUCUGCGACGAGGUGUCCAAGUACGAGAAGCUGGCGAAGAUCGGGCAGGGCACGUUCGGGGAAGUGUUCAAAGCAAAACAUCGACAGACUGGCAAGAAAGUGGCUCUGAAGAAAGUGUUGAUGGAAAAUGAGAAGGAGGGGUUCCCCAUCACAGCCCUACGUGAGAUCAAAAUCCUUCAGCUGCUCAAGCAUGAGAAUGUGGUGAACCUUAUCGAAAUCUGCAGGACCAAAGCCUCCCCCUACAAUCGCUGCAAGGGCAGCAUCUACCUGGUGUUCGAUUUCUGUGAGCACGACCUCGCAGGCCUCCUCAGCAACGCCCACGUGAAGUUCACGCUGUCGGAGAUCAAGAAAGUGAUGCAGAUGCUGCUGAAUGGACUUUACUACAUCCACAGGAAUAAGAUCUUGCACCGGGAUAUGAAAGCUGCAAAUGUACUGAUCACCCGAGAUGGGGUCCUGAAACUGGCGGACUUUGGUUUGGCUCGAGCCUUCAGCCUGGCAAAAAACAGUCAGCCCAACCGCUACACCAACCGGGUGGUGACUCUGUGGUAUCGGCCUCCGGAGCUUCUCUUAGGGGAACGGGACUAUGGCCCCCCCAUUGAUCUCUGGGGUGCAGGCUGCAUCAUGGCAGAGAUGUGGACUCGCAGCCCCAUCAUGCAGGGGAACACGGAACAACACCAGCUCACUCUCAUCAGCCAGCUCUGUGGAUCCAUCACUCCGGAGGUUUGGCCAAAUGUGGAUAAGUACGAGCUGUACCAGAAACUGGACCUGCCCAAGGGCCAAAAGCGCAAGGUUAAGGAUCGCCUGAAAGCCUAUGUCAAAGACCCCUACGCUCUGGAUCUCAUAGACAAACUGCUCGUUCUGGAUCCUGCCCAAAGAAUAGACAGUGACGAUGCACUGAACCAUGACUUCUUCUGGUCGGACCCGAUGCCCUCUGAUCUCAAGAACAUGCUCUCCACCCACAAUCAAUCAAUGUUUGAGUACCUGGCUCCACCCAGGAGAAGAGGUGGACACAUGCCGCAGCAGCCAGCCAAUCAGGGCAGGAAUCCAGCUGCAACCAAUCAGACAGAGUUUGACAGAGUGUUUUGACUGCUGGGGGCCCCGAAAAGCGAGUAGGGAGCAGGCUGUUUUUCUUUGAAAUACCCUUAUGUUCUGCAGUCUCUUGUAGCAGCAGCUCUGAUGGAAAGGAGGUACAGACCCUGGUCUGAGAUGUUGGGCUGGACGAACUGUCUACAGUUGUGUGCAUAAGGGACGUCCUUGGGAGCUGUUUCGAAGGGCCUGGGAUCAUCUCUCAGCCCAUGUGGCACAGAGUUUCUGCCUCUGCCCCCAGAAAUAGCAUCUCUUUACCAGUAGCUGGCUCUAAUGGGUCAUUUCUACUGGGGAGCCACUGUUGGAGAAGGUUUUGUCACUAGCCAAGCUUUACCACACUGGAGGACAUGACUGGGUGACUCGUUAACUGAACUGCGGAUGCCGCUGGCAAGAUAGAUUGGCCCACAUUGGGAACUGCCUCAAAUCUCAUCAGAAUUGCUCCUCCGUGGCUGCAGUUCCCCAUGUGGUCCUUCCUUCUGCUUGUUGUGUGUAGGGUGAGGGUCACAUAGCUGAGUGCCACUGAGCUUUGUGUGCGUGUGUCUUCCUUGUGUGGAGCCAGUGGGAUUGGUACAGACAAAACGCCUCCAAAUUCGAGAACUAGCUCGCACCAUGGUCAAGACUGCAGCACGUCCUUCUGGUUCAGACAGGGUCAGAGCCUGUGAGAAACAAAGGGUUUCAGCGACUGAACAGGAAGAAGAGUGAGGGUGCUUGUUACUGUUGCUCUGACUAGGAGGAUCUGUCUGAGUCGUUGCUUUCAAUAAAAGUUCAUCAUGCUUUCCGGUCAGCCUACUGCCACUUUUGGUUGUAAUCUGCAAUUAAAGUUCCCUUUCUUAGA